AUGGACGGACAUUAUCCACCUCCAGUACCACCUUUGGGUGCAUUCUACUCAACUGGGCCACCACCUAUGUAUCCUCCAGAGCCAUAUCCGCCUGGCUUGCAUCAGCUGCAGACAAUGUCUUUGGAAAGUCUGGGAAGCUACCCUGACUACGAUGACCCCAACCUAGCCAUGCUGCCUCCAGGUCAUGUACAAGGUCAGCAGCGGCAACGAAGAAGGCAACCGCAGAGCUCUGAGCAUGUGAAGCAUCGGCGAACAAGGAGCGGUUGCUACACUUGUCGACAACGUCGGGUAAAGUGUGACGAGACUCGACCCAUCUGUGAUCGCUGUCGGAAGGGCAAACGAGACUGUGCCUAUCCUGGCUCAUCAUCUCCAACCACAUCAGGUUCCAAGUCUUCGCAUUCUAGCAAGAAAGCUAAAGACGACGGCGCAUCAAGUGGAUCUGACGAGGACUAUGAGGAGGAGUCCAAGAGCCCGUUACACACCAUCCUGGAUGACGAAGACGCGCUUGAUGAUAGCGAGUCACCUUCAGGUGUCUCGGACGCGCGCAAACAGUCCAGUGCUUCAACAGCUUCUUCGAGCCAGCAGCUUUCGCCCAGUAUCGAGCGCGUACCGGGCUCAUCGACCAGGCCAAAGGCCUCACGAACGACUACGAAGCAUACAGUGAAGCCAAGCAUAACGCAGAACAGUCGAUGGGCAAGCCUACCCAAAGAAAUCAAAGCAUACCUGCGGUACCAUCAUGAAAGCUUAUCGCAUCACCACUACGGCUUCAAGUACGACGCUGGCGACUUCCUCAAGUCAACGUUCUUGGAAAUCGCCAUGAAUGAUGAAAGCUGGGCGCUACUCCACGGCAUCGUCGCGUUCGCGGCAUACCAUCACGCAGUCCACAACAAGGAGCCCGCGAUUUCGAGGUUCCUGAUGUACUACAACCAAUCCAUCAAUCUGUUACAGCAAUCAUUGAAGAAGAAACGUCACAAUAUCGCGACACUGUUAACAAUCCUGCAACUUGCGACUAUCGAAGAGUUUUUGGGGGAUUGGAACAACCUUCUCGGCCAUCAACGAGCAGCGCAUCAACUAUUGAUGGAUCUAUUCACUCCUCAGACCAUCAUGCAAGACGAAACGCGUCGAAGGAUCAUCGCCUGGUAUAUCCGCUUCGAUCUAUUCGCAGGUCUCUUGGCUGGCAAUGAAACGAACCUUGAUCGUGCUUGGUUCGCCGUAUGUGCCGAUUUCUACGAUCUCCAAGCCCGUGAGCGUCCAUCUGACCUUGGUGCGAAGUUCGAGGGCUUCUUCUCUACAGCACGGUUGUUGGCGACUGACGUGACGCUGCUUUUUGCGGCGAGGCACCGGGAUAGCAUCAGCGACGAGGACUUUGACAAGCGGGUCUCUGAUCUGACCCGACAGUUCGACGAGUUCAGGACAACGUUGAAGAAUGCUUUCGAGGGGCCGUCUAGCUAUGUCCAGGAAUUUCCGCUCGCACCUCCUCCGAGUGCAGACGACCUCACUAACUUCCGUGAUCCAUACUUCCUCUAUGGUGGGGAUCUUUUCACCAUGAAUUAUGUCUUGAUCGACUUUUGGGCUAUCGAUCUUCACUUUAAGAUGAGCCUUGCUAGCAUCCGGCGCCAAUCACCUCCCCCGGACCUCAGAGAGAUUGCUUUGAAGAAAUGCAAGAUGUUUGAAGCCAUACAAUAUUAUGACAAAGGUCCUGCUGGAGGUAUCAUCGGGUGCCAGGCUAGUCUGGGGAUUGCCAGUCUGUGCUUGCCGCACGACAAGAAGCACAUUGAUUGGUGUCGGCAGAAGUUUGCGCUGAUCGAACAGAAUGGAUACAUCUACCCUUCUGCGCUUCGACAACGCAUGACCGGCAUCUGGGGCGUGGACGUAAACCACUGGUGGCUGGCCAACGAGGAAGGCUUCCCACAAGUCGUCCGUGCCAUUCGUGAUUUCGUCGAAUACAGGGCGUCAAUGCCUCAAGAUGCUGCAGCAGCCGAUGUUCGAGAUAUGAGUGGCAUCUUCCGAACGCUGAACAUGUCGGAUGAUGGAGGUCUCCCCGAGGAUCUCAAAGGAUUCACAACCGAUUUUGACACCCUUGGAUCUGCUAUGCAAUGGGACGAGAGCAGCCCUGAGCAGCAAUGGCCAUAG